CCCCAACAUCCUCAGAACACCUCAUCAUCCUGUGGGACCCCAGAAAAUCUCCCAUUUCAAUUAAUACCCGUGCUCCCUUCCCUCCCCCCGCCUUCCCUCUCGCCAUCCUCGCUCCACUCUUCCCUAUACCUCCCUUUACUCCACUUCCUCUCCCGGAGUAUUUCCUUACUGCCGUGCUGGGCAUUCAACCUUCACAUAUACCUUUUUCUACAGUACUCCCACCUCACCUUGCCUCCCCCGCGUCACCGUGCGGUGCUUGAGUUAGCAAAGGAGACACUGUCGUCAUGGCUUCCCAGACCAAACAAGUCUUGUGGCCGUGCAUGAGCAAACGCCCUCCCUUCAAUCUCCAGGUGCCGGGUGUUGAGAAGAAAGAGGGAGAAGGAAUUCCCCGACGUCAUCCAGGCUCAAUUAACGGCCUCAGAUCGCGGCUGGAGCCGGAUAUCGCGACCACCUAUGACAUCGUUAAGAGAGGGGCUGCGAAGUUCGGUGACGCCAAAUGUUUGGGCUCUAGAACACUCGUCAAGCAACAUGAGGAGAUUAAAAUGUUGAAGAAAGCUGUCGAUGGCGUUGACCAGGAGGUUCCAAAAACUUGGAUUUACUAUGAAAUGUCCGGUUACAAGUUUUUGAGCUUCAAAGAGUACUUGGAAAGAGUUAACAUAAUCGGUGCGGGGCUGAAAGCUUUGGGGCUGGGGAAGGGUGAGAAAGUACAAAUUUUUGCUGCUACCAGGCAAGUUUCAAUAUCCCGGGACUUCAGGUGCGCUUCUCAGUCGCUACCAAUUGUCACCGCCUACGAUACCCUGGGCGAGUCUGGCCUCACACACUCACUUGUUCAGACGGAAGCGAAGGCCAUAUUCUUGGAUUCACAACUUCUUCCUCGACUCGUCAGCCCACUUAAGGAGGCUACCCGGGUGAGAUAUGUUAUCUACAACAGUGACCAACAGGUCAAGCAGGAGCACAUCGAUAAACUAAAAGAGGCCCAUGAGCGUUUGCGGAUCAUCAGCAUUGAUGAACUUGUGAAGCUUGGACAAGAAAAUCCUAUCGAGCCUGACCCAUCUGGGCCCGAGGAUCUUUUUGGUAUCAUGUAUACCUCGGGAUCCACUGGAACACCCAAGGGCGUCCCUCUUCUCCAGAAGAAUGUAAUUGCAGGCGUUACUGGUGUUACCGUUAUUACUCAACCAUAUAUCGGUCCUGGUGAUUGUCUAUUGACUUUCUUACCCCUCGCCCACAUCUUUGAGCUUGUAUUUGAGAACGCCUGUAUUUUCUGGGGAGGAACUAUGGGCUAUGGAAGCGCCAAGACCAUUUCCGAUAGAUCUGUGAGGAAUUGUAAGGGCGACAUCCAGGAGUUCAGACCCACUGUUCUAGUUGGUGUGCCGGCUGUGUGGGAGACAAUUAAGAAGGGAAUUAUGGACCAGGUUUCCAAACAGUCUGCGUUGGCUCAAAAGCUCUUUUGGGGGGCUCUAGCCCUGAAGAGCUUCCUGCUCCAGAGCGGCAUUCCCGGAACUGCAGUGUUAGAUGCGGUUGUCUUUAAGAAGAUCAAGGCUGCUACUGGUGGGAGGUUGAAGAUAUGCAUGAGUGGAGGCGGUCCGAUUGCCAAGGAAACCCAGCAUUUCAUCAGUAUGGUGCUCUGUCCUAUGAUUAUUGGUUAUGGUUUGACCGAGACCUCGGCUAUGGGUGCUCUCAUGGAUCCUGCUGAGUGGAACGUCAAUAGUAUCGGAACGGUUCCCGCAAGUGUCGAGAUCAAGCUUGUUGACUUCCCUGAUGCGGGAUACUUUACAACCAACGAGCCCGAACAAGGUGAGAUUUGGAUUCGCGGUGAGUCCGUGGCCACAUCCUAUUUCAACAAUGAGGAGGAGAGUAAAGAGGCUUUUGAGGGCGGAUGGUUUAAGACCGGAGACAUCGGUGAAUGGGACAAAAAUGGUCAUCUCAAGAUUAUCGACCGUAAGAAGAAUUUGGUCAAGACUUCUAACGGAGAAUACAUUGCUCUUGAAAAAUUGGAAUCUGUCUACCGCGCUUGUCCUCUGGUAGCCAACAUCUGUGUCUAUGCAGACCGGAACAGGACAAAACCAGUCGCGCUUAUUGUUCCUGUUGAGGGCCCACUCAGGAGGCUUGCUGCUGAGGCCGGUGUCGAUGGCGAGCUUGAGGAGCUUGUUCACAAUGAUAGGGUUAGGGUGGCUGUUCUGAGAGAUCUCAUUGCCGUAGGAAGAAGGGGUGGUCUUGCUGGUAUUGAGCUGGUCGAGGGAGUGGUCCUCACUGAGGAAGAAUGGACGCCCCAAAACAACUUGGUUACCAGUGCACACAAGUUGAACCGCCGGGGUAUCCUAGAGAAGUACAGGGAGGAGGUAGAUCGUGCGUAUCGAGCAGUAUAAUUGAUUGAGGUUUAUUCUGGCUAUGGCCGGAGAGGGUGUGUUUCACAUUAUAUGAAUAAUUGAGGGUUCCUCUAUUUGUUUCUCAUUUUA